AUGGCGCCAUGGCCGACGGUGGCGAGGCGCGAGAAGGCGCUACCUGAGCUCGACAGUCGGCACAAGCGCGAGCACCACGUGCCGGAGAGCGAGGCGGGGCUGCGCGCGCACGAUUGCCGGCCGAGGUGGAGGAGAAGCGCGAAUUUGGCGGUGGGUGCGAUGGCGCGGCGAGGGGAGAGGGUGAGCUCUCGGCGGGAGAGAGGAGAGGCAAGGAGAGUGUGCAAGUGGCGCAGUGGCUUCAGCAGAGCGGUAGGCGUGGCGCGUAUGCAGGUCUCUUACCAGCAGAUACAGCUCUCCCCAGUCGUCACCUACAGCAGCGACCGCCACUAUGACCACCAGUACUAUGGCAACCUUGACACGAUCCUAAACCUGGACGAAUUCAAGUGCCAAGAAGCUCACAGCGAACGAGCACAGCACAAGAACGGCCGUGGCGGCGUGUCCAAGCCCUACGUCCGCCACCUCAGCCCAAAGAAGAAUCCCAAGCCAGGCUCCGGUGGACAGAGGGCGAUCAAGGCGGCCAUGUCAACUGUGGCAGGGAUGCACAUGGUCAGGCUUGCCCAGUGGCGGCAGUGCUGCUACCAGAUGGAAAUGGCAGUAGCUGCGCCAACCAGUGGAAGCAACAACUCAAACCAGCAGCAGCACGUUUUGUCGGAGCGGAAGCGCCGCGAGAAGCUCAACGAUAGCUUCAAGGCUCUUAGGACAGUGCUCCCCCUGCAUCCAAGAGCAAGGCACUACGUGACCACUCUUGAGUCUAGAGUGUCUGAGUUAGAGGAGAAGAACAUGAUGCUAGUAGAGUUGCUGCACCACCGCAACAACGGAGGCGAUCAAGGCGAUGUUUCUGGCAAAAAGAUUGAGGUCGAUAUUGAUAUCAAUAGAGAAGCAUGCGAGGUAAAGGAAACAUCACAGGAAUUUUGCCUGAAGAUAAUGGUAGGGUCAGAGUGCAAUGCCAUGGAUGAUGUAGUUAGUAUACUUGAGCGCCUCAAGUAG